AUGGCUUUCCCUAAAAUGGAUAUUCCAAGAAUGGCCAAACAUAUUUUAGAGUGUGACACUAAAAAUUGUGAGGGAAAUUGUGAAUUUUAUUGCAAUCCUUGUCAUCAAAAAUGUUGUAAACAAUGCAGAGAUGAGCAUCUGAAAAGUCCAGAAAACAAGAACCAUGAGGUGGUUCUUUACCAACAACGUAAACGACAAUUUCCUGUAGAGAAAUGCAAGAUCCACCCCACUAAAGAAUUGGACAUGUUCUGUGAUGAAUGUCAAAUUCCAGUAUGUUCCAAAUGUGCAACAGAAGUAGAACAUCGGGGACAUAUAUUUACCGACUCAGAAUCAAAUUAUACUAGAAUCUGUCGAGAUGAAGAAUUCCAUGUCUACGAUUCCCUUUACGAAUAUAUUCCAUCAGAAUAUCAGACGAUCAAUGUCCAGGAAGAUGUUACAAAAUGUGCAAUGGCUCGAGAAGAAGCACUAGAACCCACUAAUCUUAAGAGUUUUGUGCUGAGACCAGCGCCUCAAGGUCAUGUAAUGGAGUGUAAGAUCAUACGAGACAAGAAAGCUAAUGGUAGAUCUUCUCCAACAUACUUUCUUCUUUUAGAAAAAGCUGAUGGCAAAGAGGUGUUUUUACUGGCUGGUAGGAAAAGGAAGAAGAGUAAAACUUCAAACUACUUGAUCUCAACCGACCCUACAGAUCUGUCAAGGGGAGGCGAGGCCUACGUAGGAAAACUCAGGGCCAACUUAUUAGGUACCCAGUUCACUUUGUUUGACAACGGCGACAACCCAAAAAGCAAUUAUGAAAACGCUAGAAAAGAAUUAGUUGGAAUUAUUUACGAAACGAGUGUCUUAGCUUUUAUGGGACCCAGAAAAAUGACCAUUAUUAUUCCAGGAAUGAAUUCAGACCAUGAACGCGUAGACAUCAAGCCAAGAUCUGACUCUGAUGGCUUGAUUAACAGAUACAAACGGGAAAAUAUGGAGAAUAUAGUGGAACUUCAUAACAGGACCCCAGUCUGGAACGAUGAGAUUCAAUCACAUGUGCUAAAUUUCCAUGGACGAGUCACCCAGGGUUCUGUGAAGAAUUUCCGAAUUGUGCAUGACAAUGACGUUAAAUACAUUGUGAUGCAAUUUGGUCGAGUGGCGAAAAACGUGUUUACCAUGGAUUUUAAUUACCCUCUCUGUGCUCUUCAAGCUUUUGGAAUAGCACUGAGUAGUUUUGACAGUAAACUAGCCUGAGAAUAACUCCUACCCCACAUAUCCACACCACCCACCAAAAUCAGAAUGUGUCUUAGUUAUGAAAUUGCACUUUUUAGGUCAUCUAAGUCACUCAGGUGACCUAUUGCUAUCUGCUUUCGUCCGUCGUCGUCCCCGUCGUGCAUUGUGUGAUAACAUUUGAACAUUUUCAGCUUCUUCUCUAAAACCGCUGAACCAAUUUCUACCAAAUUUGGUAUAAAGCAUCUAUGGAUGAAGGGAAACAUAAAUUGUGAAUUUUUAUUGCCCCUGCUCCGUGGGGUCUGACCACUAAAAUUAAUGAAAUCUUUAAAAAUACUCUUCUUUACUCCUGAACAUCAAGCAGGCAAACUGUUGGCAUGAAUUUAAUCACCAAGUCCUCUACCAAAAUUGUGAAACUCAUGACUCCAGGGUCAGGGGUUCUGGUGCUAGGGGGGUGGGCUAUAUAGAUUAUGUAGUGACAAUACAAUAUUUCUUUGAAAAUCUUCUUCUCUGCUCCUGGGUAUUAUAUAAACUAAGUAUAUAGUUAUGACGAGCAAGAGUGCCUUUUCCAAAAUUGUGAAUUUUAUGGCCCUAGAGUCAGGGGUUCUGGUGUUAGGACGGGGCUCUAUUAAUUAUAUAGUGUGUGAAACUGCCUUAAUUCUUUGAAAAUCUUCUUCUCUGCUUAUGCGUAUUAAAUGAAUUAACUUAAAGUGCACAGUUAUGAUGAUCAAGAGUGCCUCUUCCAAAAUUAUGAAUUUUAUGGCCCCAGGGUCAGGGCUUCUGGUGUUAAGGCUGGACUCUAUUGAUUAUAUAGUGAAACUGCAUUAAUUUUUGUAAAUCUUCUUCUCUGAUCAUGGGUAUUAAAUAAACUAAUUAAGUAAAUAGUUAUGAUGAGCAAGUGUGCAUGAACCAAAUUUGUGAAUUUCAUGGCCCCUGUGUCAGAGGUUUUGCCAUUUGGUGUAAGGGGGGGGGGGGGGGGCGGGCAAGAUUAAAUAGUGAAAAUACAUUAAUUCUUUGAACACCUUUUCCUUUGCUCCUUGGUAUUAUGCCAGUGGUCCAAGUAUAUAUUUUAUGAUGAAGAAAAGUGCAUCUAGAAAAUGGUUAAUUUCAUUCCUCCUGGCUCAAGAGAUUCGGGGUGGAGUAGGGGUUGCAUAGUCUGAAAAUAAAUUUAUGCUUUUAAAUCUGCUUUUUGGUAUUAAUCAACCAUUUAUGCUGAAAUAGAAUUUAUGAAAAAUUUCCAUCAUUUUGAAAUAUGUGGCCUCAGGAUCAGUUGUUCCUUUUGGGUAGGGUUGCACAACUGGUUAUGAAGUGAAAGUACAUUUUCUCUUUGUUACUCUUAUCUACCUUUGGUUAUUAAGUUAAAAGAGUAAGCAUGCUACGUUUAUAAUUAUAAUAAGCGCCUCUUUCAAAAUUGUGAAUUUCACGAACCAAAUUCAAUUGUUGGAAAGUUGUUACAAGGUAUAUACUCAGGUGACUUAUAAAGCCCGUGGGCCUUUUGUUAAAAAGGAUUGGGUUCUCGUAUUAUAUUAAUCAUAAUUUGUAUAAUUUAUCUGAAGAUUGGGAUUUUAAAUAAUAUGAAUACAUAAGGAUGCUCUUAGAAUUAUUCUGACUCGGAAAUAUGCGUGUACAUUUACACAUUCUGUUUUCAUUUUCAUUUGUAACUUGUGAACAUUUCCUAUAGAAUGAGUUAAACUGUACAUUACUUAGAUUUGUCAAGCGAAAGAUUUGUUGAAUUUAUUGAUAGAGAAAAUGUUUAUUAAACAAUUCUACAUUCUAUAAUCCUUAUUUCCAUUUUUUUUUUUUUGUAGUUUGAUUUUUAUUAUAAUACGUGUGUGAUGUUCCUUUACAAUUGUGUUUCAUUCAGGUGAUUUCACUGUUAUACUUGCACAAACUUGAAUUUUUUUCCAAAUUUGAUCAAAUUAAGAUUUUCUGAUUUCAAACAUGUCAGACAAAAUUUGUUGCCCAGAAAAAAAAUAUUAAAGAGAAGUUACAUGGAUAAAACAAAAUUUCGUAUUUUUAAUUAUUACCUGUAUUAUUAUUAUUAUUAUUAUGUAGUUGUGAUAUGUACAAAUAUUAGUGUGAAGUAAUUUAUUUAUUAAUAUUGGGGAUAAAGUGCUAUACUUUUUAAAAAUACAUAUUAAGUGAACAACUAGUGAAGAAGUUGAUUUGAAGAAUUAUUAAGAAUGUAAACUGAUAAAAUCUUAAAAUUUGAAUUUAGCUUUAAAUGGCAUAUGAAAGAAAAUAAAGUUUGUAAAGUCUGCUC